AUGUCGAAUCCGCCGUCUCCGAACCCUCUCUUGAAGGCGGAGCUUCCGCCUGAUAUAAAGCUGCACGUAAUCGGGUGCGAUCAUGGGAACGCCUUUCUCGAGCGCGUUCGAAAGUUUUUGGAGGGUUACGAUGCGUCCAAACUGGGACAAGCGCAGCUGCGCUUGGAGAAAAUGGACGAAACGUACAACGUGUUCGUGUCACACAUUCAAGCCUUGGAACUGGUGAACGACAGCCUUGACCCACUGUUGCAGUUCGAUUUGGAGAAGGAAAUGGGGGAUUUUGAGGACAAUUUCUAUGAAUUGAAGGCGAAGUUGCAGGCCAUCUGUGCUGUCCAACCACCUCAUCACUCUUCGGCGUCCAGCAUUAGUUCUGGCAUAGCCUACGGUGCUCUUCGGCUCCCGAGCAUCUCCAUUCCGGACUUUGACGGGGAUAUUUUGAAGUGGGUCUCGUUCUACGACAUUUAUUCCUCGCUUAUCGACUCGAACCCGGAACUGUCUGACAUUCAGAAGUUCCACUACCUGAAGCACGCGCUCGUGGGAAAAGCUGCCGAACACAUCGCGAACCUCAAGGUUUCUGCUGACACCUACGGCAUCGCGAUGGAGAUUCUGACGGAUCGGUACCAGAAUCCGAAAGUUCUUGUCAAGUGUCACCUGAACUCUCUUUUCGCGAUCCCCAAGAUAGAAGCUCAGUCUGUUGAUUCUUUGUCAAGUUUAGUGGACAGUUUCCAGAAGGAUAUUGGUGUGCUGAAGAAGCUUGGUGAGAAAACCGAUGGAUGGAGUACGAUUCUCAUGCACAUGAUGUCGGCGCGUCUGGAUGCAGAUACCAAGCGGGAAUGGGAGCGUGAAGGAGAGCUGAAGAAGGUGCCGACGUACACUCAGCUGGUCGAUUUCCUGAAGAAGCGGAUUUCCCAGCUGCAGUCGGCUGAAAUCGACUCGAUUCCACGGAAUUCCAAGCCUUCAUCGAGAGCGGUCCACACUACAACGUCGUCAGCGAGAUGUUCGUGCGUAGUUUGCGGUGGAAACCAUCAGCUGUUCUACUGCGACAAGUUCCGGAGUUUCACUGUGGCUGAACGAGCUGGCAUCGUUGCAAGGAACAAGCUCUGCAUCAACUGCAUGGCGGACAAGCACAGUCUGGCAAGUUGCAAGCAACGUUCCUGCAAAUUCUGCGGAAGAAGACACAACACUCUCCUACAUCGAAACGUUCCUGAUCAAGCGAAGAAGCAGUUCAACAGUGCGGCUCGCAGGGAAGUUCCGUCAACUCAAACCAGCCGUCCAGAUCAGCAAUCGUCAACUUCCGGUCAAGAUGAACAAGUUCUACCAAGCACAUCAACCUCUUCUGUCCAAACUCUCGUGACGUCUCGAUCUAACCGGUCUCCCACGCGCCAAGUUUUCCUCUCGACUGCACUCGUCAAAGUCGUCGGGCCAAAGGGUAAAACCGCAGUAGCUAGAGUUCUUCUCGACAAUGCUUCUCAACCCAACCUCAUGACGGAGCGCUUCCGUCGCAUCCUGAAUCUGCGGAAAACACCAGUCAGCACGGAGCUGUACGGAGUUGGAGCUGAACGCAAAUCAGUUGCCUACUCGGUGGUCGCCACCGUGUGUUCCCGAUUCAACAAAUACCGAACGGUCCUCGAGUUUCUCGUCCUCCAAAAGGUCACAACCAACCUCCCGACCACUUCCGUCGAAACCGACGAUUGGGACAUUCCAAGUCACGUCCAGCUAGCGGAUCCGACUUUUGCGACAUCGAACCCAAUCGACAUGGUCAUCGGCAGCGAAGUAUUCUUCGAACUACUGCGCAAGGGACGCAUGCGCAUCGACGACGACAAGCCAAUGCUCCAAAAUUCCGUAUUCGGUUGGCUCGUCUCCGGCGCGUUCCGUGGUACCAGCGUAUCCAGUCGACUCGUCAGUCACGUUACCACCAUGGAAAGUCUCGAGCAGCAAGUCGCACGGUUUUGGGAAAUCGAAUCUUGCGGAACCAAUUCGAUUUGGUCGCCGGAGGAAAAACUCUGCGAGGAAAUCUAUACGACUACUACAAGCAGGGACAAGACUGGUCGUUACGUCGUGGAACUGCCGAAGCAUUUAGAGCUGAUGAGUCAACUUGGUGACUCUCGCUCUAUUGCUGUCCGACGGUUUUACGCGAUUGAACGCCGCCUGCAACGAGAACCGGAACUGCAACGCCAGUACGACGCUUUCAUGGCCGAGUAUCUGUCUCUUGGCCACAUGAAGCUCGUCGAUCCAGUGGUAGACAUUCCCGGUCAGCACUACUACCUGCCACACCACGCUGUGGUCAGGCCAGACAGCACGACAACGAAGCUCCGUGUUGUGUUCGACGGUUCGUGCAAAACGACAUCCGGAUUCGCCCUCAACGACAUUCUGCUGAAGGGACCCACAAUCCAGGACACUUUGCUGUCGCAGUUGUUCCGUUUUCGCAUGAAGCCGGUCGUCAUCAAAGGUGACAUCGAAAAGAUGUACCGCCAGGUGCUGGUAGCAGAAAGCGAUCAAGCGUUCCAGAGGAUUGUUUACCGCAGCUCUCCCACCGAUCCGCUCCAAACCUACCAGCUCAAAACCGUCACUUACGGUACAAAGACGGCACCGUACCUAGCUACGCGAUGCCUCGAGCAGCUCUCGAUCGACGAGGCUGCCAACUAUCCCGCUGCAGCUCCCGUUGUUAAUAGUAGCUUCUACGUCGACGACCUCCUGGCUGGGUUCGACUCGCUCGACGAAGCUAUGGCAGCGACCAAGCAAAUUAUCCCGAUGCUGGCGUCCGCUGGUCUUUCGCUACGGAAAUGGUCAUCUAACCGCCGCCAGAUCCUCGAAGACAUCCCAGUGGAGUACCGGGAAACCCAAAAACUUUUGGAGCUCGACAAUUCAGCUCCGAUCCAAGCACUCGGACUUCUGUGGGAGCCAAACUCGGAUGAUCUUCGCUUCAAGGUGCCGGAGUGGUCGCACGACAAGCCUCCAACCAAGCGGAGUGUCCUCUCACAGACAGCUAGCCUUUUCGAUCCAUACGGACUCCUGGGUCCAGUGAUUGUUAAAGCGAAGAUUUUCAUCCAACACAUUUGGGAGUUGAAGCUGGGCUGGGACGAUCCACUGCCGGACGAGCUCAGCAGUUAUUGGUUGACUUUCGUCCUGACACUGCCAGCGCUUUGCGAGCUGCACGUUCCGCGUUUCGCACUGACGGACAAUGCAGCAUCGGUUCAACUUCACGGAUUCUGUGACGCUUCUCUACAAGCGUAUGGAGGGUGCCUUUACCUGCGCUCAACAUCAAGCUACGGUAAAGUUGUAAUCCAGCCGGUUGCUGGCAAGUCUCGCGUUGCACCUCUGGAACGGAAGCGGCCUCUACUUCCUCGGUUAGAGCUUUGCGGAGCUUUCCGUCUCGCCGUUCUGCAGAAGGAAUUCCUGGACAGCACCGGCCUCGAGUGUGAACGCACGUUUUGGUGUGACUCAACGAUCACGCUGCACUGGUUGUCCUCCGAACCAUCGAGAUGGAAGACGUUCGUCGCCAACCGCGUUGCAGAGAUCCAGCAGCUGACGAAAGGUGCAGUUUGGAACUACAUUUCGACAGCCGACAAUCCAGCUGACCACAUCUCGCGUGGUCUUGACGCUCCAGAGCUUCUGCGCUGUGAAGUUUGGUGGCGAUGUCCACGCUGGAUGAUGCGUACUGUCAACGUCUGGCCUGCAUCCAGGCUCAGAUGGAGAGAUCUUCGGAUCAACCAAGCCGAUCUCGAACCCCGUCAGCCACCGCCUGUGCCCGCUUUAGUUGCCAACCCAACGACUCAGCAGAAAGAUUGGUUCCAGCACGCUUUCGAGGAUUACGAUUCGCUGUUCGAUGUCGUUCGAGUUCUUGGUUUUUGUAGACGAUUCGUCGCGAACGUGAACAACAAACAACUAGGUAACCCAAAGCAGACAGGAUACCUGACGGUUGCUGAGUUCCGCUCGGCUGAAGCAGCGCUCCUCCGCCACGUUCAAGCUUUGUCAUUUCCGGAAGAACUUCGUCUAAUGUCCAGAGAAGAACAAGUUCCGCGACGUUCGCCCCUGUUCCACCUCGCGCCGUUCCUGGGACCAGACAAGCUGAUCCGUGUUGGUGGUCGACUAACGAACGCAGAGAUUCCGUACGAUCAGAAGCACCCGAUCCUCCUGCCGAAAGGACACCCGGUAACGAACUUAGUGUUCCUCGAUGCUCACACGCAAACUCUCCACGCUGGUCCGUCGCAUCUGCUGGCAGCAGUUCGCCGACGGUACUGGCCAAUCGACGGUCGAAACAAGGCACGCAGCGUCAUCAAGGAGUGCAUCACCUGUGUCCGCUACCGUCCCACUCUCGCCCAGCAGAUGAUGGCCGACCUACCAUCUGUCCGUGUCAACCAAGAGAGAGUUUUCCGCAACGUGGGGAUUGACUACUGCGGUCCGUUCCACAUCAAAGGCAGAAGAAAUCAGCCGCCGAUCAAGUGCUACAUCUGCAUCUUCGUGUGCAUGGCGACCAAAGCAGCACACCUCGAGCUGGUCACAGACCUUACCACGGAAGCCUUCAUCGCAGCGUUGAAGCGGUUCUGGGCCAAGCGUGGCUAUCCACAGAACAUCUACUGUGACAACGCCACCAACUUCGUCGGAGCCGAUCGCGAGCUUCAGCGACUCCAGCGGCAGUUCGAGACACAGCAGCACAAGUCCGCCGUUGUCGAUGUGUCCACUCGACUGGGAAUCCAAUUCCACUUUAUUCCCCCACGAUCACCAUCGUUUGGAGGACUGUGGGAAGCUUGCGUCAAGUCCGCAAAAGCCGUCCUGCUCAAAGUGACGAUGGAUCUAGCACUCACCUACGAAGAGAUGCUCACAACAGUAGCGCAAGUAGAAGCCUGCCUAAACUCACGCCCUCUAACUCCACUGUCCAACGAUCCAAACGACCUCGCUCCUCUCACUCCUGGCCAUUUCAUAAUUGGCGGUCCCCUCGAAGCUAUCCCAGAACCUGACCUCCAAAACAUCCCCUGCAACCGUCUGUCACGAUGGCAGAGAAUGCAACGAGUCGUUCAAGACUUCUGGUCUCGAUGGCAAAAGGAGUACCUCCCCACACUCCAAAAACGGUACAAAUGGCCCGGUCCUCAACCAAAUUUGUCGGUUGGAGAUAUGGUCCUCCUCCAGGACGACAACCUGCCACCUUACAAAUGGCCAAUUGCUCGCGUCAUUAAGACGAUACCUGGUGCAGACGGGAAGAUCAGAGUUGUGGAUGUCCUCACCGACGAGAACACGUAUCGUCGCGGAAUUCACAGACUUUGCCCUCUGCCCAAAUAUCCGAAAGCCUCCUCCGACAACACAUGCCCAAACACAAGCCCACACACAAGUCGUGCCACCUCCGACACUUUAGCGCCACAAUCGAACUGUCCCGCCUCCAGUUCUGCGUCGCAAACGAACUGA